AUGACUUUCACAUCUGAUACAUUUACUUACAAAGCUUAUACAUACACUAGCAGUACAAGUGGUGUUAGACUUGACGAUAUCACUAUCAAAUUAGAGAAACAAAGGGAUGGUACCUACAACGUUCCAGCUGAUAAGAUACUAGUCAAAAUUCAUGCUGCUGCGUUGAAUCCAGUUGAUGUUAAAUUAUACAACUUAUCUAUUUGGCCUUUGAAUUAUCUUUUAGGUAAACGAGGUCUUGGAGAAGAUUAUAGUGGCAAAAUUGUGGCUAUUGGUGAUAAGGCUCAAUUAAGUACAGCAUUCAAAGAAGGUGAUUUAGUACUGGGAUUCUCUACUUCAUUUGUUCCAAAUGGGACUUUUGCUGAGUAUAUAUUAGUUGAUCCUUCUAAGAACGCUGAUGGGCAACUCACACAUGCUCCUAAGAAUCUUUCUUUAACUGACGCUAGUUCUUGGCCUGAAGUGUACGGAACAGUUCGUAUAAUGACAGUCGGCGUCGAUUUGAAAGAUAAAAAAUUCUUGGUUCUUGGUGGCGGUAGUUCUAUUGGUAGAUCCCUUAUCCAAUACCUUAGAUUAGAAGGGGCCAAAGAAAUCUACGCCACAGCUUCACCAAGAUCAGCUGCCGUAGUUAAAGAAUUAGGUGCAAAAGGUACAAUCGAUUACACAAAGGGGUCAAUUCUUAAUCCGGCUCUAGAAUUAGUCCUGAAUGGUGAACCAUUUGAUAUCAUCUACGAUUGUGUAGGAAGUAAUGAUUUAUUCCCCAAGAUUGAAUAUCUCUUUCCUAAAACAGGUGGUCGAUAUGCAACAAUCGUGGGUGAUGCCGGGUUUCUUAAAUUAUCAAUAUCGAGUUUAUUACUGACUUUGACUAGUGUCAAGAGAUCAUUAUUAUCAAGUUAUAAUUAUUUGCCUUAUACUUAUAAAUUACAUCUUGGUAUAACUGGUCUAGAUUGGAUUGAAGGUGGUAGACAAUUGAUUGAAGAAGGUAAAUUGAAACCAUUCAUUGAUAGUUACUACAAAUUUUCCGAGUUCGAUAAAGCUUUUGACCAUUUGAAAACUGGUAAAGUCAGCGGUAAGAUCAUUCUCAAAGUCGAAGAAGAUUAA